AUGCCUCUCCCCGACACCGUCGAGUUGCCCGCGGCUUUUGACGCCCAUGUCCACCUGCGCGAUGGCGACAUGCUCAAGCUCAUCGCACCAACUGUCCGAUCCGGUGGUGCGUCAAGCGCCCUGAUCAUGCCCAAUCUCAGCCCGGAGCCCGUCACAAGCGUGAAGAAGGCCCUGGACUACUCCUCGCGUAUCAAGGAGGCCCUCGGACCGGAUGAGGUCAAGCUUUUGAUGACGCUCUACCUCCACCCGGACGUCACCCCCGAAGUCAUUAGAGAAGCGAAGAAGGCCGGAGUCGCCGCCGUAAAGAGCUACCCCGCCGGCGUCACGACGAACAGCUCUGCUGGCGUCGUCGACUACGAGGCUUUCCACGAGGUCUUCAAGACCAUGGAGGAGGUCGACUUGAUUCUGUGCCUCCACGGAGAGUGCCCGUCCCACGCCGGCAGCGACAUCACCACCCUCAACGCCGAGUCCAAGUUCUUGCCCACAUUGAAGGUUCUCCACAACAAGUACCCGAAACUUAGAAUCAUCCUCGAGCACUGCACGACGGCUGAAGCUGUCGAGGCUGUGAAGGCCUGCGGCCCCAACGUUGCUGGCACAAUCACCUGCCACCACCUCUUCAUUACCAUCGAUGAUGUCGUCGGUGACGCGAUGAACUUCUGCAAGCCGGUCGCCAAACUCCCCCACGACCGCCGCGCCCUCCUCAACGCCGUUGUCAACAGCAACGGCAAGUUCUUCCUCGGCACCGACUCCGCCCCGCACCCCAUCACCUCCAAGACGGGGCCCUCCAAGGCCGCCGCCGGCGUCUUCACCCAGCCCUACGCCGUGCAGUACCUUCUCACCGCCCUCGAGGAGGCCGUCGCCCGCGGCGAGAUCAAGGACGGGGAGGUCACCCAGGAGGCCCUCGAGGGCUUCGUCGCCAACUACGGCCGCAAGUUCUACGGCGGCUUCGAGGACGAGAAGAAGGAGCGCAUCCGCCUCACCCGCGGCGGUGCCACCGUCAACCAGGUCUUUGAGAGCGCGGGUAUUCAGGUCGUUCCGUUCCGUGCCGGCAAGGAGACCUGGAGUCUUACGUGGCUGUAG